UUUGUCCUUUAGCUUCUGACAGAAUCAUCCUUUUUGUUUUGCUGGCACUCCCACGUAUCUCUGCCUCUGCAUCCAGAUUUUGCGUGUGCAGCAUCCGUUCAUCAGGAGUUUCACAGAAAAAAGUUGGAGAUUUUCCAGUUCAGGUGAAAAAUCAACGCAGACAUGGUACGCAUUCUGUUCGUCCAUCCGGACCUGGGUAUUGGAGGCGCCGAGCGGCUGGUCGUCGAUGCGGCCCUCGCACUGCAAAACAAAGGCCACACUGUCAGCUUCCUGACCAACCAUCACGAUCCGGACCAUUGCUUCGAGGAGACCAAAGAUGGUAAACUGGCGGUCAAGACGGUUGGCGAUUGGAUUCCGAGGGACAUUUUCGGCCGAUGUUACGCUCUGUGCGCUUACGUCAGAAUGGUCUAUGCGGCGUUCUACUUUACGUUUUUCCUCUCGAAGAAGGAGCGUUUUGAUGUGGUGUUUUGUGAUCUAAUCUCACUGGGGAUUCCCAUUCUACGGUUGGCACGAGCUAAUCCAAAAGUUCUGUUCUAUUGUCACUAUCCGGAUCAAUUGCUGUCGAAGCCGGGCAACCUGCUGAAGAAGUACUAUCGAAUGCCGCUGAAUUUCCUUGAGGAAGUUACGACAGGACAGGCAGAUGGAAUCCUGGUCAACAGCAAGUUCACCAGCAGAGUAUUCAAGGAAACUUUCAAACGAAUCUCCGUCGAUCCGGACAUUCUAUACCCGUCCCUCAAUACCAAAUACUUCGACGAAACGGUCGUAGAGGAGAAGGAUCAAAUCGCCGGCAUUCCUCCCGAUUGCUUCGUAUUCCUAUCCAUCAACCGUUACGAGAGGAAGAAGAAUCUGCCACUCGCCCUUCUGGCUUUCGAAAAGCUGCAAAAGCUAGUCUCGUCCCACGAAUGGAACAAACUGCUUCUCAUAGUGGCAGGUGGGUACGACGAACGCGUCCUGGAAAACGUCGAACAUUUCGACGAACUGGAAGACCUGGCCGAAGAUAUGGGCCUUCGCAGUAAGAUCAAAUUCCUCCGGUCGCCGAGUGAUCGGGAGAAAUUGUUCCUGCUUCAGCGUGCCCAAGUUCUGGUGUACACCCCGGAGAACGAACACUUCGGAAUAGUGCCCCUGGAAGGAAUGUAUCUCGCCAAGCCGGUCAUUGCGGCCAACAGUGGCGGCCCCACGGAAACCAUCAUUCACGAUCAAACCGGCUUCCUGUGUGAACCGGAACCGGAUAGCUUUGCGGCUGCCAUGGCCAAGUGCGUCAAGGACGACCGGAACUGCGAACGAAUGGGCGAGAUGGGACGGAAACGCGUUCAGCAGCGGUUUGCCUUCGAAGCGUUCAGCACCAAGCUGGACAACAUCGUUAAGGAUCUGGUGGUGAGCAAGGGGGACGACCAGAAGAAGCAGAAAUAGCGAAGAAUUGCCUUUCCGCUGUCAGCUUUUCUGCUACUGCAGGCCAUGCGGAAUGUCGCUAACUGCUACUGACUGAUCGAUCGAAUGCUAACCUACCUCCUCUCUUCAAUGGCGGUGUUUUCUCCGAAAGGUUUGGCAAAAUAGUGCCACGUGAAAGAAAAAAGAAAGCGCUCAUUUUGUUCCAAAUUUAUUAAUGUGAUAGUUGUAAGGCAAAAAUAAUGUUCUUGAUUAGAGUCCUGUGAAAAAUGUGACUAAAACGCGUUAUUAUAAUUAUACUGUUAAAAUGCUUUACAAUGACAGUUUGCUGAACCUCUAAACUUUGCUCCUGCUGUUUGUAGUUGCAUGUGGCUCGCAAAAGCUACCUUAAUCUUUUCAAAGAAUAUCGAUUCAUCAUAAAACUAGUCGUAAGUAACUUUCGGUGUUAUUCUUGUUUCAGCGCUAGAAACUUAUUCGUUAUGGGAGUCAUCUCUAAAAUUGGCCAAGCUUGACUUUUUCAUUUUUCUCAUCAUGAGCAAUAUACAUUUUCGAAUGGCAGAAUAAGUUCUAGUGGAAUCAAUAAUAACGCUGAAAUUUUAUUGGUUUUACCCUCACCUUUGUGAAUGAAAUUAGAAACAUAGUACUUGCUGCACCUAAAAUAAAAUCAGUGAUAAAAAAAUA